AUACAUAUGGCUUUAAAAUAGAAAGCCAAACACAAUUCACAAUUAUUGUUGCACCUGCACCUAUGUUUCUGGAACGGUACAAUCAGAGUUUACAAGGAGCAUUAAAGGCGUCUAUUGGAGCAUGCGUACUGUCCACAUCCGGAGUUGUCACGUGUCAUAACAAACAUGUUCCUGUCUAAAGUUUGGUCCUCUGUUCUCUGUGUUUAGCCAACUAUAAAACACCGUCAGAUUCAUGCAACAGUCUAGUAGUUCACUUUACACACACUCGUUAGAAACAACGUAUUGUUGCCGUUAGUAACGGUAGCGUUGCCAACAUCGUGGAUGUUUGCAGGAGUGCCAGUCGUCGUCAGGAUCAAUGGCGUCCUGUGCAACAGAGUUGAUAACAUCAUUUUCCAACAUCGUUUUGUCUGCCACAGCAUUAUACUAUUCCUACAGACUAUUUAAGGAUCACAGGGCUCCUUCAGUAGGCCUCUUCCUGCUCGGACUCUCUGCAGCACUGUGCAUCGUGCAGCCCUCCAGCUCAUACCUCACGUCUUUACAGAGAGAAGCAGAGUGGACCGCCCAGGUUCUGGCUCCAGCGCUGGUCUCCUUCGACUUCCUGUGGCUCAGUGAAGACCACAACACAGCACAUACCCUCCUGUGUGGCUCCUGUCUACUGCUUGGUCUGUGUGACUGGCUCUCAGCCGAUGCUCUCACGCUGAUGACCCGCUGCCUCGGUUUGUCUUCCCUGUCCUGCUGUCUGACGGUCUGUCUGUUUGCCGGGAAUGCUUUAGGGGCCUUUGGCGGUGUGGCCCUCAGCCUCCCAUUGCUUUUGGCUCAGAGGGUCAGAACAAACACUUUCGCUCCACUCAUUUCUCAAGCUGCAACUGAGGGACUCAUCAAGUGGCUUUUAAAGGGCAUCAUGUCUGUGGGCUGUUGGGCCUCCACACAGGCCCUUGGCAAGUUCCUGUUGGAUGUGACUGAGCAAUGUGUCAUGGACCUUUAGAAAAUCUGUAGAUAUCUGUAUGAUGAGUCAGGAUCCGUGUAUAGUGAUGGACUUGGACAACAUACACAACAGUACAAAAGUCAACUGGUACUGACCCAUGCAAAAGUGAAUGUGCAUAACUUAUUAGCAUUUCAGAACAAUUCUGAAAAAGAGUUGUGCUGCACAAUUUUUGCGAUUACAACAAACUUUUUCAGGAUGUUUUUAACUGGAUUAAUUUUUAUUAUAUUAAUAUUAAUAAUAAUAAUACAUUUUAUCUUGUAUUUUAAGGUAUACAAAGAUUGCAGUAGAGUUGGAGUGAGAAGUGGAUUCAUCGAUUAGUAAAUUGACUGAAAAUGAAAUGAUACAAUAUAUACAAUACAUUUUCUAAAUUAUUGAUUAUUUCGAAAAAUGCCACACAACAGCUGAUGGAGGAAUUGCUGCUUUUUUAUUUGUUUAGUCAUCAUAAAACAAAUAUCAUUGAGAUAAAGACUGUUGAGAGAAAAAGCAAUCCAAAGAGUUCACCUUGCGCACUUGGAAACAUUUUAAAAUAUAUUCUGACAUUAUUUUACAGAUAAUAUGAUUCAUUUAAGAUUUUCAGAAAGACAAUGUAAACAUUUACAUUUCUUUCUUCAUUUUUUUAGGCCACAUGCACUAAAGUAUAACAUGCUUCACAUAUUUUAUGUUUAAGGACUUAAUACAAUUAUUAUUUAACACAAUCAUUAAGGCUGAGAUAUAUGAAACAUGAAUUUUCACAAGUGCUUAUUUAUUUUGUAUCACGCUUUGUGUUUGAAAAUGAAAACUCAAGCCAAAUAUUCCACAUGCCGGUAACGGAGUAUUGUAGCUUACAUUUCCAAGUAUUUCAGAAAUCAUUCAGAUAUCUGAUUUAGUCAAUUAUUCGUAGUUCCAAUGAAGUCCCAGGUUGGGUUUACAGUAUCUGCUAAGCAUAGACCUUGGCUGAAUUUAGUAGGAACUUUAUUUGAAUAAAAUACAAAGCAUUAACAAAACCCAGAUGCCACUGAACAAAGUCAUUUGCAUGUGAGUAUCCGGCAACGAUUUAAAACUGAUAGCCCACGGUCUGCAUGACUGUAAUGCAGCAAUGACCUUUAUUAGACAUAUUGGAGUACCCUCCUGACAUUAAUUAUGCUGUUCAAUUUGAAUUCGCCAGCACGUGGGCGGUUUAAUUUAAUCUUUGAUCAUUUUAGAGAAUGUCUUGCCGGCUGUAUUCACUGUCAGGCUGUUAGAAGCCUGCACACAUCUCUUUAAAAGUUUCAACAUCUAGCUGCUUCAGAGUCUGGGUCCCAUUUGUUCUGCAGUAUCACUGUUUCCAUAUCU